CCCAACUUUACUGCGUCAUUCACACGUACCAAACCAACAACACCCUGCAAAACACGUCAUGGGAGGAGCUGUGUCUGUUGAAAACGCUGAGAUCAUUUACGUUGCCGAAGAUGGCUCCAUUGGGCUCACGGAGCCGUUCGCUGCCCGCUUCGAGAACGACAUGCCAUUUGACAUCAAGCGCCCCGUGGUUACCCGCAAGCACGAAACUCUGAUCAAGGAGAAUUGGUCUGCCAUCUGCCAGGGCACUUCCGCGUUUGACGCGGUCAAGCACCUGACGCCGACCAAGUUCUUCUAUCGGACGUUCUACAACAUCUUGUUCGAGAUGGCACCGUCGCUGCGUCCGAUCUUUCGAUCCAGCAUGACCGUGCAAGGCAAGUCGUUGGCGGGGAUUAUCAAGACCCUAGCCACAGUCAUCAACGGCGCCAACAUCGUGAAGGCGUCCCAAGAACUGGCCAAACGGCAUCUCCAGUACGGUGCCAAGAAGGACCAUUACACGGCGGUGGGCCAGAUUUUGCUACAAACGCUGGAAAUCGUGAGCGGAGACAAGUGGACUCCAGAGAUUUCUACGGCGUACCUGACUGCGUACAGCUUGAUCUACUUUGUGAUGCUCCCCGUGAUCCUAAACAACGAGCCGGUCGAGAUCACAGAAAGCCUGCCCGCGACGAUCUCCAAGUCGGAGACAAUUUCAGCGACGGCCAAGCGACUCACGUUGACCUUUGACUUUAACUUGCGGUUCCAUCCGGGCGAUGCGAUUCUUCUGGGGCUGCCUGUCGCCGAAGGGGGAGAAGUGAAGCGGCACUAUACGAUUGCCUCACUCAGUGUCGAAGGGACCAACACCAUCGACAUUGUCGUGGACGACGUGAGCGCGUCGUCGCACUGGCUCGUCACCCAAGCGACUGGAGCGACCGUCAAGUUGUACUGGAUUGAGUCAAACGUCCGGUUUGAGAUCGACUCGCCCGAAUCCAUUCCCUCAAAUGUCGUGUUUGUGAGUCAUGGGGUGGGGUGCGUGCCAUUCCUGGUCAUGCUGGAGGGACUGUAUCGCAUUCGAGAAACGUUCCACGGCAGCGCCGUGACGUUGCAAGUGGCCCCCAACCAAGCCGACGUGGACGCGUACACGUCUGCGGUGACCUCUACAGGAAAGCCCAUCGAAUGGGAAUCCAGUUCCAUCCACUAUGCGCCAACUGUCUCGGCCGACAAGCUCAAAGACAUUGCGCCAAAUCUUGCGCAUAGCGACUUGUACGUGUGCGGCCCUGCUGACUUCAUCGCAACCACAGAAGAAGCGUUCGUGGCCACAGGGGGAUCCAAGGAUCGGAUUCAUGUGUAUUCGUUCGACAAUGCGCAGUUGGGGGCGCGGAAAAUUCAAUGAACGAGACUUAAUUGGGGCUAAUCUUAUCCAAAUGUUUUGCCCAUAACGAUAGAUCACCAACUUUUCAACGAAUAUGUGAUCAGAUUCAUGAAGUUCGAGUUGGUUUAGGGUGCGUCUGGUAACAUUUCAAAAAUAAUAUUCCAUUUUCUCCAACAUGGGAUUAACCAAAGUGCCAUUCUCAAAAUGGAGGUAAAAGGUAAGGUCCAUUUUGUAAUGAGGCGUUUUGGACCUCUUCAACGAGUAAAUUCCACGUGGAAUUAUUGGAUUUGGGUUAACACUCUUCAAGCAAGACAUGUUUCAAUUUUGAUCAUAUUCGUUGAAUUCGGCCCCAAAAUGGCGU